GAAACGGAACCACAACAAACGACGCAAGCAACAAAAAAAUGUGUAACGUGCUGCAAAAUUGAAAUAAAAAUAUGGAACCCCAAUUAUAUCAGGGACAUUCAGCAUUUCGCAAUCAGCCCUCCUACAAGGUGUUUAACAAGUCUUUCGAUCAUGCUGACGAUUCACUCUUCGCUUUCCUCAACGAGUUGGAUCCAGAGAUUUUCAGAGAGGAGCAACAACAACCAACAAAAGUCUUCACAUCCUACGGCUGUCGAUUCGCCCGACAAGAUCCACGCACACAGGAAGUUCUGGGACAGACUGUUUAUGAUCACACCAACGAACAACUGCCGUAUACAUUUCCCAAUCCCCAGGAACGCUAUUCGGUACUGGGACGCGCCCAACAGUCCGCAUGUCUGCGUGUGCUGCUCUCCUUCCAGAACAGCACCGAUGUAGAUGAGGCUGAUUUCGUUGUGUGGCGUGCCGUGCAAGGCAAAUGGUGCAACGAACAGCAGCUUGUGCAAAAGUACAUCUACGAUUAUGCCAGCACACAAAAGGAGCGUCUCUAUGUACCGAUGAAGCCCCUAGUGCAAAACUACAACAAAUGGUUUCAUCUGCGAAUGCAACAUUUGCUGUCAUCGGUGCUCAAUGCAGGCUAUAUAACCCACUCUGGUCUGCCGCAGCUGCAGCAAUGCCAAAGCCUCAAUGUGAACACGGCCAGCAUGGAACAGGUGCAACUCCUUCAUCGCACAGGUCAAGUGCGUCACUGGCCAGAAGUGCGACUGCACCAACAGCAUCUGAGCACAUUACGUUUGCGUUUGGAGCGUUAUGCGCUAGCAGGCGUUGCCAAUGAAACUGCCUCCGACUUGGUGGCCGCAGAAGUUGAGCGGCAACUGCUGCAAGUGGAGGAGGAUGUUUUUGUGUUGCCUUUGGAUGCGAUGUUGUUGCUUUUAAUGCCCGGCGCCUAUGUUGAUUUGCCCACAGAGAUGCUGUUGCGCAUACAUCACAUUGCAAACGGGGAGCUCAAGUGCAUUGAGUUUUAUGAACCGAUGCCGGCACGCAACUGCGGCUGGCACACAAACAAUCGCAUCCUAGCCGAAGGCUAUGCGGCAUAUGCGCCAGCCCAGUGGUUGAACUUGACAAGCGACGGAGUCGCUGAGUUGCACAAUGAACCAGUUAAGCAGCAAGCUCAAAGCCAGCCGCAGCCUGCAUAUAAACUACAACAGAUCGAUGACCAAGUGCAUCCAAUUAAGCAGGCGAGAAGCAAUGGUGCGCUUGUUAGCUGGCGUCUGCAGACUGACGAAAAGGAUGACGCUUUGUUAAUCUACAGCAGCCUCGCCAUUGCAGCUGUUCGGGAUACUUUGGGCGAACAUCCGCUGGGCUGUCACCUCAUCAAGCUGGAGAACAAGCCCGAUUGUGGCUGUGAGAUAAUGACCAAGUAUGAGCUAAUCAGCGCCUGGCUGCAGCUGAAAUUACUGCAAGCCAACGUGGGUCAUUGUUCGAGGAUUUCACUUCGCGACUUUGCACCGUUGCUGGAGCAACAACUAAAACUGGAAGCACUCGAAGAGCAGCUGUACGAAUACUAUCACACUAGUAUGCCACAGCAGCUAUGCCAGCUGCACGAAUUCCUCAAACUGUUGCGCACCGUGGCGCCCGGGGAAUAUCUGCUACGCUAUACAACCAAAUAUAAAGACAAGUUUCUACUCUGUCGUCCAUCAUUGGAGGCGACGGCGCAGAGCUUUCAAUUGCAUGAUCUGCUCAUGAGCAAGCCACCCACUGACAUCAACUUUCUCACCCAGAGCAACAGUUAUCUGCCCAUAUCGACCAAGUUGUGUAGUCGCCUUCACGAGCAACUUCAGCUGCUGCCCUGUGCCUUUCCAGCCAAGGAACGGGGCGUGCGCGCCACCAAAAACAAACCAAAAAUCGAGGCGAAACCAACUCUGGUGCAGCGCACGCUCAAGAAGAAGGAAAUGCCCAAGAAGCGAAAGAGGCCGCAGCACAGGCAACGCAAACGGGAGGCUGCCAAAGCACUGAAGCAGAAUGAAAAAGAGCUGGACAAGUUUAUGUGUCUAUAAUACAUCAAUUUACAUUAAAUCGAUUGAAAUAAGCACAUCAUUGUUGACUUUAUAUUCAGACACUGAAACUGGCAGACUUAUAGGCAAUAUGAUAUGAUAGCAUAAUUAAAAUCUAUUUAA